UAUUGGAAUUUGAAGUCUGCUAUACUGUGAGCAAGUCGGCAGGCUCUUAGAUUAUAUCUUUCAAAUACAGUUCAAUUUUACCCGUAUUCGCAGCGCCAGAGCCUGGCAUUGCACCCGAGAUCCCGCUGUUUGUAGACGGAGCGCUGUCUGUGUAUUUCGUGGGGUAGAAAUGAGUCCUACAGACGCUAAACGCGGAGCGAAGCGCAGGAAGAAUAAGCGGGGCGGCGGCGCAGGGAAGGCCGGAGCUCCGCCAACACCCUCCAGCAGCAGCGCACACGGAGACCCGAGCACCAUCCCCAGCCUCAACGGAGAGGUCCCAGUGAAUGGCGCUCCACAGUUUUCAGAAGGGCCAGUAAACGCUGACUUCUCAGGAGUCCAGACCCCAUUCACUUUCGGGGUGAACCAGAGGGCCCCCUACACCACAGGUGACCGUUGCCUGCUGUGUCGCAGUGAGCGCAAGGACAUCGUCUCCCAGGACAUGGGAGGAUCCAGUCAGAAUGGCACAGCCCAGUCGCCCAAAUCUUCCAGCGCCCUUCAGUUGCCUCUGUACGUCUGCUCAGACUGCAAACGCACCGUGGAGAAGGACGAUCGUCAGCCUCCCCUCGACCAGUCUCUGUUGAAUCAGGACUUCUUAUUGCACAUGCCAGUGGGUAAUGGCGGUUUGUCCCAGGAGCCCUUGGGGGCCGGAGGGAGACUGACAGUCGGUGCUCCUACACUGCCUGCUCCAGAUCUCAGCGCUCCCCUCACUGCAGACACAGUGUGUAGCUGUGAGGCCUGUUAUGAGCGGAGGGAAAGCACUGCUGAAUCAGAGCGGGAGUCACAACAACUGCAGAAUCACUGGUCUGAGGUCAGAUACCUGGUCCGGUGCAUUUACCGUCAGACUGGGACUCCGCUGGCUGAUGAUCAGGAUCAGCCUCUUGACCGGGACAAAGAGAGCAUGAAGGAACUCGUUGACAGGCUUUGUGAGAAAGAUCCCUACCAGUUGUACCAGCGUCUGGAACAGCAGGCGAGGGAGUACGUCUUAGAGAUGAAAGUGCGGCUACUCAAGCACCUGUCCACAGGCUCGAAGGCACCCGGUGCAGCGGCUCAAGGGCCUCCACAGGCCCACCAGUUUAUCUCACUGCUGCUAGAAGAGUACAAUGCGCUUUGCCAGGCGGCCCGCACCAUCAGCAGCUUCCUGCUCACCCUGGAGAACGAACAUUUGCAGAAGUUUCAAGUAACAUGGGAGCUCCACAAUAAGCACCUUUUUGAGAACUUGGUGUUCUCUGAACCCAUCCUGCACAACAGUCUACCUGCCUUAGUGGCCCAGCUCAGGCAGGGCACAACAUCCCAUGAUUCAUACAGUGAGGAUAUGUACCGUACAUUGCUGGAGAGAUACCAUCAGCUAGACCAGGAGAUGAGUGCAGUGGCUCUUGAAUGGCUGGAGUGUGAGAAGAGAAUUGAUGACUAUGUUGAUGAGCAGUUGCUUUUCAAGGUUGAAGGUCAGAAUCUCACAAAUCAAAGGACAGAACCACAUAAGUCCUUAAUUAAUAGAAAUAUGUCUUUAAGAACCAAGCAGCGGAUGCUUAAAGAAGAUGCAGAGAUUUUCAAACAGAAACGAUUUUUUGAAGAGCAGUUCCUACCAAACAGUAAAAAGUCUCUGGGUGGUGACAGUAAGUUCACAGACACAGUGAAACAGAUGCUUUCAUCCAGGCUGAGUAUUCCAGACUGUCCCAACUGCAACUACAGACGGAGAUGCACCUGUGAUGACUGCAGCCUGUCUCACAUCCUGACCUGUGGCAUCAUGGAUGCUCCUAUGGCAGAGGAUCUGCAUCUGAAGCUGCCCCUGCAGGCGGAACCUCACCGGGACUACCUGUCCGAGGUCCAUCCUCCCAGCAUGUCAUCGGGCAGCUCAGGGUCCGGCUCGGCCCCAGGCUCCCCCAUCACCAUCCAGCAGCACCCACGCCUCAUCCUGCCACAGGAUGGCACCACCACAUUCGAUGAUGAAGUGCCUCCGUUGUCUGCCAUCUACCCUCUUAGUGGAUACGAAGACCCUGCUGUGGUGGCCAGCAUUAAUGGCAUCCACAGUCAGCUCAGUGGAGGAGAAGAGAGCAUGACACUUAAAGAUAAAUCUUCACGGGGGAGCAGCAGCAGUAGCAGUUCCUCUGAAGGUGAUGAGGAAGAAAGGGAGAGUGGUGGGGAGCCUCCAGGCCAAAAGGAGUCGCUGUCUGGAGGGAAAAAUGACUGUCCGCCUCCAUCAUACCCUCAUACCCAGGUGGAUCAGGUACAACACCCGUGUGAAUGUCAUGUGUGCAAUCAGGGCAACGGGGACGGUAGCACCUCCGGCCUGAACUCCACCUGUCUGCCUACCAGCAGGCUGCAUGCAGGGGGUCACCAGUUCUUCUCAGAGAAGACAGCAGCGCACCCUGCCCUCCACCUCUACCCCCACAUCCACGGUCAUCUACCCUUACACAACCUCUCCCACCUGCCCAGACCACUGCUGCCCACCCUCUACUCCACCCCUCCGCUCACACACAGCAAGACUCUUCCUCCCACCCCCACGUCCAGUCACACAGGUGGAAAGCAGCAAGUGUUCAACCCCACCCUACCGGAGCACGUCUACCAGAGCUGCUUCAACACGGCGGGGGACUGGAACGGCUCCUUGCCAUGUCCCUCGCUCAAAUUAGAGAACCUCUGGGAUACGCACAUGAUGAAGAACUGGAACCCGUCUGUGCUGCUCCAGGAGCCCUUACCUGGUGACAUGCUGGGCCCUCCCCUUCCCGACGUGCCCCUUCUCUCCUCCAGUUUGGACCCUAAUGUCAAUCCCCACCCUCUACUAGAUGGCAAAGAGAAGAAGAAUGGCGCCAAGAAAAAGUGUCUCUUCAACUACCAAGAUGCCUUCAUGGAGGCGAGUGAAGUGGUGAUGGCCACUUCCUCUGCCACCUCCUCUGUCUCCAGUACCGCCACCACUGUCCAGUCGAAUGAAGUUUUCCAUAAUUUAGGUAAAGAGGACCAUAGACAUCCCACUCCUGUUGCUCCUAGGAAUAGUCCCACCAGUCUCACGUCUCUCCCACCUCUCAGCGGAACCUCACAUCCUUCUUCCCCCAACACACACCUACCCAGUAUAGGCACCCAGCCCUUCACAAAGACUGUAUCUCAGACUGAUGUCUAUCAGAGUCUGUGCUUAUCUGGUGAGCAGCCAGCCGCCCCGGGCGAUUUAGUCAGUGGUCCAAAUAGCGUGUGCAGUGAUCCAGACUGUGAGGGUCAUCGCUGUGAAGGGAACGGAGGCUACGAGCACCAGCCUUAUGAAGGAGAGGAGAGCCAAGAUGAGGACAGCAGCUCGGAGCACAGCUCCUCCACCUCCACCUCCACCAAUCAGAAAGAAGGAAAGUACUGUGACUGCUGCUACUGUGAAUUCUUCGGUCACGGAGGGCCCCCUGCCGCACCCACCAGUAGGAACUAUGCAGAGAUGCGGGAAAAGUUGCGACUCAGGCUGACUAAGCGGAAGGAGGAACAGCCUAAGAAAGAAGAAUUGCUGCUAGAGCGGGACGAGGUGGAGGACCAUCGCAAAGUAGAGGACCUGUUACAGUUCAUCAACAGCGCAGACAACAAACCAGCCAGCAGCUCCAAAGCAGCCAAACGUGCCCGUCACAAACAGAAGAAGAUGGAGGAGAAAGCCCGUCUAGAGGCGGAGGCUCGGGAACUGGAGGAGCAACAGCAACUUCUAAAGGAGCAGAGGAGGCGGCAACAGGAGGAGGAGGCGGCGCUGAAGCAGGAGCUGCUCCAUCUGCAGGAAAUGCAGCAGUUGCGGGCAUCUAAGAAGAAAAAGAAAGACAACAAAAUCAAGGAGGUAACCAAGUGUGAAAAUCCUUCUCUCGUUCCGACAACCAACAGCCCUCAGCCUCUUCAGCAGACCGCACAGAGCGUUUUAGAAAAGAACUUGCAAAACGGCAAAACACAGCUACUGCACAAUCUCAUCCGUCUCAGUCCUAAGGAGCCUCGUCUAGAGCCUGAAUCCCCCACCGUUGGGAAGAACGGCCCAUUGCAACAGCCAAGCCCAAAGACUUGCAAAGAAAGACCUUCAGAGUGUCUUGCCCUCCAGAAUGGCACCUCCUCCUACCCAGAGUCCUCCCAUACCAAGGUCAAACCCAAACAGCAUGCAAAUGGCUCCAAACCCAACAGUGAGGCCACAAAGAGGCCAGCUGAGACCUCCAAAGCUCCAGAGCUUCCCAAAGCCGGGAAUGCAGCCAGCCCUCAGACUGACGCCAAAGCCAAGCAGAAAGCUUCAGACGAGUCGGUGACCGAGAUCAAGAGGGACGAGAGGACUAAUGGGAAAAAGCCACAGAAUGGAGCAAAAGAUGAGAGGAACUCUCCCGUUAUUGAAUCUUCAGCUUUAGACCCUCCUCAGCAGAAUGGCAAAAUCCCAAACAAUGAGUCCCCUCAGCCCAAAAGCAAAGCCAAGAAGAAUAAGAAGAAAAAAUCAGACAAGAUGAAUAACUCAAUAGAUGAUGUAUUUCUGCCCAAAGACAUCGAUUUGGACAGCGUAGAAAUGGAUGAGACCGAACGCGAGGUGGAAUAUUUCAAAAGGUUCUGCUUGGACUCGGCGCGACAGACAAGGCAGAGGUUGUCCAUCAACUGGUCCAAUUUUAGCUUGAAGAAGGCCACGUUUGCUGCCCACUAAUGGGUCUUCCUUUUGAGAGACAAUGGCAAGAAUCGAUAAGCGUUCCUCCGGUUUCUUCUCUCUCUCUCUCUCUCCCUCCCAUGUUUCUACAGACUGACUGCUGACCCCAGUGCUGCUAUGCUUCAACUGCUCCUCCGGUCUACAUUAUCCAUGCCGCCUUGCCUUGUCCUUGUUGCUGUGGGUUCCGCAGAGAACCCAAAACGGGCUUAUAUUCCUGCAGUACUUCUGGAGAGAAAAAAAGAGCAAAGUCAAAAAACAACCACAAAAUGCUACUCUAUAAGUUUAGCCCUAUUAUUUUGUUUUCCCUUUCUUCUUUUAAAAAGCGUGUGUGCUAUUUGUCAGUGAGUGGGCCGUUUUCCCUUAGGUCUGUGCCAUGUUCUGGGUUUUCUCUGGCUUUGUGUACAAUAGGAUGAAGGCACUGCAAAAGACAUGCUUUGAGAAAAAAAGAUGAAUAUGAAAAAAAAACCAAAAAAAAAACCAAGAGAUCAUUUUAUUCAGAUCAGCUGUGGCUUUGCUCACCUUUGCACCUAGCACUGCACUUCCUCACAAUUUGUUGUCAAGAAAAUCAGACCGGUCAGCUUCACGUCAUUGCCCCGUACCUCUCCCUUUAUUGGGAGAACGGCUAAUACUUGACAAUGUUCACGUCAGUUUUCAGUUCCAUUUAAAAUUGUUCAGUGUAACAACUGUGUUCAAGUUACCAUUUUAUUUUAUUUUUUUUUGUUUCUUUUCUUUUUCCAACUUGUACCAAGCUUGUAUCAGAAUACUUUCAGAAUUGAAUCGAAAAAGAACAAUACUCACACUAUCAAUCUGUUAUAGAGUGUAUAUUGUAUUAACACUGAAGCCGGACUGGCUACUUUUUAACAUAUUGUUAAGUAAUAUUAAAAUCUUGUCUUUCUUUUUGAAAGAUGGAAUACAGUAGAGUGGCAGGACA